AGAUACGGACUUGUGUCUGGAACAGAGACUGGCUUCGUCGUCUUGUGGUCAAACCAAACCUAAUUAGCAUCCAUGAGACCUCACUGAGACCAUGUCAAGAUGUCUUGGCAAGAUGUUGACACACGGCCACCCAUGCGGAAGAAAGAAAACGCGAUCGAUCAGCAAGCUUAGGUCAAGGAAAAAUACCACAGUUUACUUCUGUCUCUGAAAGGAAGACAGUUAAAAUACCAAGGAACUCUACGACAACACAGCGCAUUCGUAUGGGAGGAAUUCCGUAAAUUGGGAGCGACUUGCCAGUGAUUUUCGAUGGGUUGUCACUUUGGACCCUUCAACUUUCUGAGGUAGGUGACUCGUCGCCCGUUUCCAUACACGUCCGCCAUUUUCGGUAAAACUGCUUUUGGUGAACAUUCUGGUAUGCAGGGAGCGCGACACGGAAGCCUUCACGCAAAGUCUGAUGCUAAAUCCAUCUCUAGGGUUUAAGGCGAUCGACCCUCUCAAAAGGAAUUCGAUAACUCAGAGUUAGCGGAGCGACUGAGAUUCCGACCCGGUUCGACAUUUGGACGCCGCCCAGUAGAUGAGAAGAUGAUCAACGAAAGCAUCACGAUGUCGUCAUUAGCUGACGAUUCCGUCGCCAUGAUGAGGAAUUCCGACUAUGGCAGGCAGAAAUCCUGGCCAAAAGGAACGCUGAUAGACGACAUCGGAGCCACAUUGACGGGGGGACCUGCGCAGAGGAUAACAUCCGGGGACUACGAACCCAUGCCAGAGGAAAGCACAACAUCCGGGGACUUGGAGAGGACCACAUCCGGGGACUACGAGUCCGCGCACGCGCAGAGGAUGACAUCCGGGGACUACGAAUCUGCUGCACUGAGCGACAGCCAAUGGCCGACGACAUGGACCCUGACGUCAUCCACUGCCUCUUCUUGUUCGCAACGUGUUGUGAUCAACAUCAGCGGACUUCGCUUUGAGACUUGUUUGAGAACACUGAACCGGUACCCGGACACGCUUCUGGGCAGCCCCAUGCGCAGGAUGGAAUUCUGGGACGAAUCACGUGACGAGUUCUUCUUCGAUAGGAAUCGGCCAAGUUUCGACGCCAUCUUGGAUUACUAUCAAACAGGAGGCAAAAUAAACCGACCGCUUUGCGUACCUCUCGACGUCUUCUAUGAGGAACUGAAGUUUUUCGAUCUUGGCGAAGAAGCUUUGUCGAGACUCCGAAGGAAUGAAGGGUUUCUUGACAAGACAGAGACGGUGCUACCAAACAACGUGAUUUUAAGACAUCUUUGGCUACUAUUCGAAUAUCCGCAAAGCUCCAAAGCUGCUCGAGUUGUGGCCUCAGUGUCAGUCGGGUUCAUAAUAAUAUCUCUAGGCGUGUUGUGCCUUGAAAGCAUCCCGAGUUUGAAGCCUACACAUAGUCGUAAGUCCUCACUACAAGACUUACUGAAGGCCUUUGAAGAACCCUUCUUUCUAACAGAAAGUACCUGCAUCGGGUGGUUUCUAUUUGAGUUUCUCAUACGAGCUAUUUCAUGUCCAUCCAAGAAAAAGUUUUUCGCACAAGCAAUGAACAUUAUAGACUUGCUCGCCAUUCUGCCAUAUUUCAUAGAAAUCCUGGUCAUCAUUGUGGUGCAUUGGCUUGAGAACUGGCUUGGAUUGGCUUGGAGGGGGUCAACUAAAAUCGAGUACAUCUUCCGCGUGGCGCGAUUGGUCAGAGUGUUUCGAAUCUUCAAGCUCACCCGUCACUCUGGCGCCAUGAAAGUUCUCGCGAAGACUCUCAAGUCCAGUCUGGGAGAGUUGGGUCUGUUGUCGUUCUUCCUUGUCCUUGCCACCCUUCUGUUCUCCACCUGUGUCUAUCUGAUGGAAGAAGGGAAAGAAGACAGCGAUUUUGAGAGCAUCCCGUCGGCAUUUUGGUGGACCAUCGUCACCAUGGUAACGGUCGGUUACGGCGACAUGAUACCGAAGACCCUGGGAGGUAAACUGAUCGGGACGCUGUGCACCAUCGCCGGCGUUCUCGCACUCGCACUUCCGGUUCCGGUUAUAGUUGCCAACUUUAAUCGUUUCUACCACACUCAUGAAGGAGACAUCGGGGACUUGGAAACAAAACCAGCAGAGAAAGGAAAACUCAAGUCGGGGUUCCAAAAACUGUCGCCUUAAGCAAUAGAAAUAAUAUAAUCACCAUUAUUCCACUUUAAACAUCUCUGCACGAUUUAAGAAAAGAGAAAAGAUUAAGUGUUCCAUACAUGUGUGCCCCUGCAUAUUUGUAAUGCACCGCUCCAUAUUUGGGACGUGGGGCGUUGCCUAAAACUACUAAGGCCCGCA